AUGCCCUCUAAUAAACUUAAGAAGUCAUUUUACCGAUUUCAAAUUGAUCCUGAAUUCCGUCGUGCUGUUGGUCGUGCAGUUCCAGGAAGCAUUGAACGUCUGCAAUAUCUGGAGUCUCUAGUGAACGAAUUGUGUGUUACUAAAGUUUUGGAUUACAAACAGCAAAUCGUAGCGAAUCUCGGUAAUUUUGCUCACGAUCCCCGCAAUUGUCCUCAUCUUAUUGGUCUUGACGUCCAUUUGAUUCUCAUUGAAGUUGUUCGAGAACAUCUUCAACUCAUUUCCACCAAUCCCUCGGGAAAGAAAUCAUCAGAUUAUCUCAAAUUAAUAUCACUAGCUGUUGCCGGUAUUUGCAACCUCGUAACAAGUUCACAAAGCCUUCGUCUUCACUUCUCUCACAAUCCUUCGAAUAUUUCCCCACUUUUUGACGUUAUCCAAUACCCUCUAAUUGAUGCUGGGUGUCUUGCUAACUGUCUCACUAUCUUUAUAAAUCUCUGUGCUCCUUCUGUCCAUCUUCAAGAACAGGAUUGUGUUUACUUUGAGCCAAAUUGUUCCACCACUGCCUUUAAUUCGUCUGUGAAAACUCAGUUCCCCGUAGUUGUUGCUUUCGCCCGAAAUAUCUUGAGUGGAAGUUUUACCUGCGAAGAUCCAAGGCUACGAAUUCUCUCUAAAAUAUUUCUAACUGACUCUUGUGUUCGCUAUUUCCACAUUUGCCUUAAAACUCAUAUUCGAUUGUGUUAUGCUUCACGGCGUUGUUCGAAUAUUGAUGUGACCACUUCAAACAGCUCACCUCGUCUAAACUCAACCUACGCAUUAUCCUUAGUAAAUUCCUUUAAUCCUUCUACAACUGUCCUUAAAAAGCCUGUACAGAGUAAGGUUUUAACACCAGCUAGACGCACCCAGAAGCCCCAAAGUCUCAUCGGUUGGAUAGGUGUAUGGGCAGCUCUUUCCAAGGCCCGUCUCACCGGUCUAGUGGUGUCCACAGCACUGGCCGGUUGUGCUCUAGCGGCUCCCUCUCCUCUCGUCUGUGGGACAUUCCUUGCACACCCUGCAGCCUCCCUUUUGGCCCUCGUCGUUGGCACUACCUUGACUUCCGCAUCUGCCAACUCUAUCAAUCAGGUUGGAACAUCGUUAUCUUCAUACUUUCCUGCAACAUUUAAUUAUUGGAUCAAUUCUCUGGUAUUAGCCGGUCUCCUCUACACUUGGCAGUUCCCCCACUUCAUGUCCCUUUCAUGGCUUGCUCGCAACGAGUAUGACCGAGCAGGCUACGUCAUGACCUCCAUCGUUGCUCCUCAACUGGCUCGAACGGUUGCUCUUCGACACUCCUUCACUACAACCGCCGUCUGUUUCCUUGCCGCUGAUGGAAUUAAUUGGUUCGGUGGUCUUGCGACCGCUCCCUUCAACCUCGCUUUGAUCUACUACUCUUGGCGGUUUUAUCGAGCACCUCUAGAGGACCAAGGGCUUGUAAAAUCAGAAGCAAGACGACUCUUUCGUGCAUCUCUUAUUCACCUCCCCGUUGUUAUGUCAGUACUCUUAGUGUGCUCAUUUUGUGGCGACUUUGUAGCUUAG